GUCACAUUGUCGGCUGAUCCGUCCCCUGUCGUGUCAUCUCUUGUUCCGCCAACCAUCAGGUCCACAAUGUCAAUAACCAAGCGUCUCAUUCCUGGCUUUUUGCGUGACCGCGCGGUCGCACUCAUUGGCGAGGAAUGCUACGUUUCUCUUGUUGAAAAUUUGAAUAUUUUCGAUACCAAGUGCCUCAAGUAUGCAAUCUCCAAGGGGCUCGGUGUGGGGCUCGUUCUCGGAGGCUUGAUCAUGAAACUGCCUCAGCUCAUCGUUAUUCUUCGAGCAAGAUCCGCUAGAGGGGUCAGCCUCACGGCCUACGGAUUUGAAACGCUCAGUUAUGGGAUCAUUACCGCCUAUUCAGCUCGGCAAGCCUAUCCAUUUUCAACAUAUGGAGAGAACUUCUUCUUAGGGAUUCAGAACGUUGUCAUCACGCUACUGAUUGUCUACUUUGCUCCCCGUUCGACCCCGACACAACUAGCCGGUGCGGCCGUCGCGAUAGCCGUGGGCGCAUACCUCCUUCUGACGAUACCCAUGUCAUAUCUGGCCAUGCUGCAAGGCUCGACCAUACCUCUAACGUUCCUUUCCAAGGUUCCACAGAUUAUCUCGAACCACCGCCUCCAAUCAACCGGGACACUUUCAUCUUUCGCAGUAUUUGCCGCCGUUGCCGGCACUUUUGCACGCCUCUUCACGACGGCUACCGAGGUCAAGGACCCCUUAGUAUUCUGGAGCUACGUCGGCGCCGCAGUACUCAAUGUCAUCAUUGGAGUUCAGAUGGCGAUGUACUGGCGAUCUGACGAGAGACCAUCUAUCCCGAAGUACCGCGAAGAUCAGAAGUAUCCUGUUGCCCAUGAACUCCCGCAGACGGCACCGAUCGGAACCCCGACUUCUCCAGGGAAGAUCGACCCUGCCGGUAGUCAUAAUGGCUCGGGUCGCCGCUGGACGAGAAAGUUAGAUUGAGGCAGGCUGAAAAACUGUUUAGGCGCGCACCAUACCCGUAUGUUCUAGUGAGGAGCGCU